CCCUUUUUAAAAGUGGAGCCUUUUCUUCCUGGACACUAUGAAGUUUUGGAUUUAAAGCCAAAUGGCAAAGUUGCGUCUGUGGAAAUGGUCAAAUAUCAUCACUAUCGGGAUGAACCCCUGCACGCCCUCUAUGACAAUGUGGAGAAACUCUUUCCAGGUUUUGAGAUAGAAACAGUGAAGAACAACAUCCGGAUCCUUUUUAAUAAUGCUGUAAAGAAGCGUUUGAUGACAGACCGGAGGAUUGGCUGCCUUUUAUCAGGGGGCCUGGACUCCAGCUUGGUUGCUGCCACCCUGUUGAAGCAGAUGAAAGAGGACCAAGUACAGUAUCCCCUCCAGACAUUUGCAAUUGGCAUGGAAGACAGCCCCGAUUUACUGGCAGCUAGAAAGGUAGCAAAUCAUAUUGGAAGUGAGCAUCAUGAAGUCCUCUUCAACUCAGAGGAAGGCAUUCAGGCUCUGGAUGAAGUCAUAUUUUCCUUGGAAACUUACGAUAUUACAACAGUUCGUGCGUCAGUAGGUAUGUAUUUAAUUUCCAAGUAUAUUCGGAAGAACACAGAUAGUGUGGUGAUCUUCUCUGGAGAGGGAUCAGACGAACUCACGCAGG